GGGAACCACUGCUCUAAGGCAUCUUUACAUUUCUAUAUUCUUCUGAAAUGUAAUUAAUUUACUGAGUUUAUAGGUCAUAUGCCCACCAGAGGUCAUGUUCUUUGCACAAACGCAAAUGAUUUCCAGCGGCUGCUUAUGAUUAAACAGCUCAAACUAAAUUCCCCCAAUAAGAAAUAUACUUUAACUAAGGCUGACUACUGCUAUUUUCCUCUUCACAACCAAAAAGAAAAUGCAAUGCGCCAAACAUAAAAUCCUAACCUGUUGAAAGUGUUCCAUAUUAUAUCAACCUGCUAAAAAGUAAAAAAAAAACCCCACAGAAAUCCAAAAGUGAGGAUAGUUUGAACUUCCUCACUUUUGCUUCAUAAAGCAGGAGUGUCGAGGCAGAAGGUGUAAAUAUUUACAAGUCACCUGCUCAUGGACAGGAUGAGCUCAUGAACUUUAGCAGUAAGCAGUGCUGCUCUCAUGUUUGUCACAAGGUUGGAAUCAAAGGUCACAACAUUUUCCGUUCUUUGGCACAAACAUUCAAGAUGCUGAAAGUGGCACAGGUACUCCUCAUCUGCUCUCUUGUUGGGGCAACAAAUGCCCUUUACAAGCAGUGGAUUCCUGAUACCAACUACGAGAAUAAGACCAACUGGGAUAAAGGAAAAGUUCCGUGCGGCAGCGACACAGUUCAGUUUUCAUCUCAAAGAAAAGUGUCUGUGUUUGUGGAGACCACUCAUGCUGUGCAGGAGAUGGUGCUGCCAUUGGAAGGAGAGCUCAUUCUGAAUUCGGGAGCUGGCUUCUAUGUGGUCAGCGGACAGGACCCUGAUUGUGGAGCAGGAGUGAGGACCGAGUUCAAAGACGCUGACUUGCUGCAAUGGUUUAAUCCGGCUCUGUGGCAGGCAGCUGCAACUCUGAAUGACCUACAGGAUGGACAUUUCCUCUUCUCGGUGCAUGAGGAGAGCGUACCCUGUCAGCAGGAUGACGUCGUGUUCAAAGCCCUCUCCUCCUUCCGUGUGGACACCAGCUCCAGCCAGACCACCAUCCCCGUCAAAUCCGUAUCUGUGCUGGGAAAGGUAUUUGACAGCAAGUCCGAGUUCUCCGAGUAUCUCAGCUCACAAUCAGGCCUGCUGCAGUUUCACGGGUCGUCAUCGGUCACCGUUGGAAACCCAAGUUGUGGGGAUGCUACUGGCUGUGACUGUGGGAACUCUGUCAACCAUGAACGCAUCUGCAGCACGGUGACCUGUGGCACUCUGAGCUGUGAGAAGCCUCUGCUUCCCAUCGGACACUGCUGCGAGGUGUGCGGUGCAAUAAUUGUCAUCCAUUAUUCUGACAGCUUCAACCUGGAAAAUUACAGGGGACGAAUCCGUCACCUUUUCCUUUCACUGCCAAAAUAUGAGUCCAUUCAGAUGGCCAUGUCUAAAAUCUUAAAGCCACAGCGGUUGAUGGGAAUUAUCCCUUUUGGCUCUUCACCUGAGAUCCAAGUAGUUAUUCUGGACGGAGAGACUGGGAAACUAUCAGAAGCGCUGGCCCAGGACAUGAUCAAGGACAUUAUAUCUCAUGGCAUGAAUCUGGGCAUAGCAGGAGCCGAAAUUCAGCCCGCUAGGGAGCCUGGAAGCAACAAUACAGGGACAGUAGUUGGAGCAGUGUUUGGAGUCUUACUCGUGGUUACACUUAUUGUGAUUGUGGUUGUGCUACUCCAUAAGGGAAUUGUACAGAUGCCGUCAAUGCCCUCAAUGCCCUCAAUGCCUUCGAUGCCAUCUCUGAGCCGCUUCAGGAGAAACACUGACGUCGAUGAUCUCGACGGGGCCGCCGACCGCGGCUUUGACAAUCCGAUAUUUGAUAAACCUGACAUGCUGAAUAACAUUUCUGAUCUGUAUAGCACCGACUCCAUCUCCAUGACUCAGACAGGCGUGCACUUUAUAAAUCCAGCUUAUGAUGAGAACGAAACAGAUUUUACUAUUUGAAGUUAAAUUUUCACGCAGUUUCCUGAUUAAAUGUCAACAUGCAUUUUGAAAAAAAAAAUAUAUAUAGAGGAUGAUUGUAAAUUUAUAACAGCAGAGUCUUAUCAAUGUGAUUGCAUAAUGAUGUGGGACAAUGAGAAGUUUAAUGACCAAAUAAACUUGCAGGGCAAAUAAAGAGAAUAAGUGACAGUGUGGGUUUUUGUGGUCUGUUCUCCCUCUAUCACGUUGCAUUCAGUGGCAGUAAGACGGCAAUAAAGCUGCACAAGAUUCGAAACGCCCUCAUAUGGAGAUGGCUCCUCUGUUUACAUUCUGUUGCACAGCUACCACUAGAUGGUAGCAAAUUUCACCUUUGUUGACAUGCAUG